AUGUCGACGGUCACAGCGACUGCGCUCAAGUCGGGGCAGCCGCCCAUCAUCCCCCUCGAGUUCAACGCGAACCAGCCGAAGACGAUCCGAUUAUACCCGCUCUCCAACUACACGUUUGGCGUUAAAGAGACGCAACCGGAGGAGGACCCGUCGGUGAUAGCCCGUUUGAAGCGCCUGGAGGAGCACUACCACGAGCAUGGCAUGCGGCGGACCUGCGAGGGCAUCCUCGUCUGCCACGAGCACAACCACCCCCACAUCCUCAUGCUCCAGAUCGCAAACGCCUUCUUCAAGCUGCCCGGAGACUACCUGCGGCCCGAGGACGACGAGGUCGAGGGCUUCAAGUCGCGGCUGGACGAGAGGCUGGCCCCCGUCGGCAGGUUAGGGGAGGGCGUGGAGCCCGGCAACUGGCAGGUCGGGGACUGUCUGGCACAGUGGUGGCGGCCGAACUUCGAGACGUUCAUGUACCCCUUCAUCCCGGCGCACGUCACCCGCCCAAAGGAGUGCAAGAAGCUCUAUUUCAUCGAAUUACCGGAGUCUAAGGUGUUGAGCGUCCCCAAGAAUAUGAAGCUUCUCGCCGUCCCCCUUUUCGAGCUCUACGACAACACUGCACGAUACGGUCCGCAACUAUCGGCCAUUCCUCAUCUACUGAGCCGGUACAACUUUGAGUUUGUCGACGACAACGGCGAGGUGGUCGCAGCGACGCCUGGCACGGGACCCGAGGGCUUCGUGCCGCAGACAAAGGUGCUUGCUGGCGGCGAUGAGGACAUGCGAGACGUCAAGGACGGCGAGGGUAGCUAA